AUGUUCGGCAGGGCCGCCAAGCGACUCGCGUUCAAGACGUGGUACGAGCUGGACGCUCGCGAGAAGCAGCGCUUCGUCGACGCGUUCGUCGACGCCCACCAGAGACAAUACCCGUGGUCCAGGAGCAACAGGUCGCUGAGGGCUCUGUCGGCGCGACACGACACCCGCCACCAGGACUCCCCGUCGCUGUUCGCCGUCUUCUACAGCGACAUCCGGUCGAACCGCUGCCGGCGGUUCAGCGACCCGAGCUUCCAGCGUCUGCUGGUCGAGAAGAAGACCCACUAG